UGUGAGCAUGCGUUGGGCCUUGCAAAUAAGCAUGGGAAUGGAAUGGAGUGUGUUUGACGACAUUUCGACAACAUGUACCUUUAAAUCUGUGCUUAUAGCAUGUUAAAAGAAUUGGCCUAUUGAAAGUAAAUGAUCUGUUUUUUAAAAUAUGUAUCUUAUAAAGAUCAUGGUGUUUUGUAUAGAUGGGUGAUUGGCUGGGAGCUCAUUUUGCCUAAUUAACGAUCUCCAGCAAAUUUAAUGGACCCUAAAAUGUCUAAUCUAGGCAUAGGCUUAACGAGUGCAGGGGCAGAUGGACAGCAAGGGUAUUUUGAUCCUAACAAAAAGAUUAAAACCGAAGAUACAAGCUCUGGUGAUGAAGCAAGAAGUCCGGAGCCUUUAAGAAAGUAUAAGAAAAUGCUGAAGCCAAUGUAUGUCAAGAUAGAACCUCUAAAUGAGAAACAGAAAGCAAAGUGCACAUCUGUGGCCCCAAGGACAGUAUUAGCGAAAAAAUCAGCAACAAGCAGUUUAGUAGCUAAGAAGGCAGACAAAACAAUGUUAUCUAAAAAGAACCCAGCUCCAAAGAGGCCUGUUCAGGCUUCAUCAGCCAUAUCAAGCUCAGCUGAUAUUGGAGUGACAAAAAUUUCAAAGUCAAGUCCAAAAAAGAUAACUAGCAAAUCAUCAAAGAAUCUUGAGACAUUACCAUCAUUAGGAAAGAACAGGAAAACUGGAGUUUAUACAACAUCAAGUCAAUCUUCCUUCACCUCACUAAAGUCUGUAAACAGUUCAGUCAAGUCAAACAGUAUUGUAAAUGGCACACCAUCAGUAGCAAGGCAGAAAAAUCAAACUGAUACAGCCUCGUCUUUGACACCUGAUGAUCUGCGAUACAUUAUUGGUUCAAAGCCCAACCCAUUGAAAAUGCAAGCUAAUGGAAAAUUGUCAACAGAUUUAGAAGAGUCAUCAGACAUGCAAGAGGACAUGGAUGAGAGUGAUAAUUUUGAUUCAAUGUCUAUUCAUGCUGAUGAUGAUGAUCUUUUUGAUAACACAGGUCAAAAGGAGGAUCUUAACACCCUUGGGAAGCAUUUUGAAUCAUCAGCAAAUUUUGAGCCACAACAUGAGACAACAGAGACAAGAAUAAUGAACAGCACACUAAGAAAACGGCCUAGGAGCAACAUUGAAGAUAACCCCAGACAGCUUAACAAGAGGAAGCCAGACGCAGCUCGUAAUGCCUUGAAUGACCUAGAAAAAUCUACUGUAAGAGAGACACCAGCAGGCAAGCUAGGGUCGAGUGCAACCCAAGAGAGUAAGCCAGCUAACAGUGUACAAAUGGAUGAUGAAAAAAAUGGUCUUGUCCAUGGCCUAGCACACCCGUCACAUUUGAUUGGUGAAAGCUCAAAAGAAAAUACUGUGUCCUGCAGUCUUGGAAGUAGAACAAGCAAUGGUGCUAUGGUGAAAGGCAGAGGGAUGAACACACAAAAUAUUCAUAACAAGAGGUCUAGUAGAAAUGCAGAUGGCAGAGGUUUCCCUAGCCAACCAAGAAUGAUUAGCCCUCCUCAGUCUCUAGGCUACGUGCGACCUCGAAUGAAUGUUCAUGGACAGAAUGUUCUAGGACCACAAAAUCCAUAUCUAUCGUGCCCCCCGAACCAAAUGAGAAUGAUGAGGGCAAACUUCCAUAAUAAUCAAAAUAGACAUCGAUUCUUGGCAAUGCCAAUGGAUUCACAAAACCGGCCAAUCAUUAGAGGGCAGUUUCACCAGCAGAAUUUCGACCCAGCAAUGAACAACAGAAGGAUUCCUCCAAAUUUUCCAGAUGAAAGAUUUCGCCAUGAAUCUCAAUUGCUACAGGAGUGUUGCCAUGGCAAGAAUUUUGAGAAUUGCAUACCCUUGUGCCAGGCUUUCAUACGCGAUCACCGAUCUGUUGGUUGCAAUAAUCUUGAAAGUUUAAUGCGCGCAGCGACGGAGGAGGCGGUUAACUUAGAUACAAAGGUGGUCUUCUUCCUGUUGGAACAGCUACGGAAAGAGCGUGUGAACAGGAAGCUGAACCAAUUAGAUUACAGCUAUGCGAUCGAGGCCCUUGUAUCGUUGGAUGACAUCAACAACGCUGUUGCUUUGGUGCUUGAAAUGAAGCAGAAUGACCUAAAGCCACGCCAGAAGGACCUGAAAAAUAUACGCAAUGGAAUCUGCACGUUGUCCUCUGUUGACAGUACAGAUAGGCUUGUUGGUUUUUUCGAUUUGCUAGAUCUGCAUGAUUUGGCCAAUAAGCGAGUUGUUGAAGAACUCGUCAAGCAUGUUCCUGCACAAGAAGUGAAGCAAAAAGCGAAUAGGGAGCGGAUUAUUCAAAUGGUCGAGGAAAUUACGAAGGAGCAAAGUUUCCCUGUGUCACCAUCUUUCCAGCCGCAUAUUCCUGUUUUUAAAGACCUAACCGACAUGCUUGUUGCAAAGAUUGAUCAAAUCUCCCCCUUGCAAGAUAUACCUGUAGAUCUUGUAAAACAACUUAUCGAGUCGGUGAAUACAGAUCAAAAUGCUUUCAUUGUCACAACAAAAUUGUCAAGCCUACCUAAAGAGAUCCUCUGUAAUGUUGAUUGUGAAGUUUGGAAUGAUUUCUUAAGAAAGGCCUGCAGUGGAAACUUGCAGAUUGCUAGCCAGAUUCAGGGUAUAAUGGUGAAUCUAGGAAUUCCUGUUGACAGUGCUGUUGCCUUGCAACUGCUCUGUUGUUUCCACAAAGCGCAGUUUCCUAAAGAGGCACUCGAGGUUGUAGAAAAUGUAAACCCGGAGGAGCUUGCCAGUGCUGACGUCAAUGAUGAUGUUUACGAAUGUUUGACGAACAUUAUGACCCAGCCAUUGAUUGACAAUAUCGACAGCUGUUGCAAAAUUGUUAUGAUUAUGAUCAAAUUUGGGAAGAUGCCACCGAACGAUAAGUUGAGGGAGAUAAUGAACAUAUUAAAAGGGUUACACCGUUAUCAAGAAAUUUAUGAUCUUAUAAACAAGCUGAUAGAAGCUGGACUGAAGCCCUCGGAAGAAAAUUUCUUCCUGGCAUUGUCAGCUUUGGAGGACUGGGACGAGAAUCCCGGUGCAUUCGCUGAAUUGUACAAGGCAACGCGGAAGUAUUAUCCAAAGCUGCGGAUUUGCAGCGACAGUAUGGCAAUGCAUACAGCAAAUGAUACCACGGAAGAAUUUGUAACUUAUCAACAACCAGAAGCUUCAACUCUGGCAAAUAGCACGUCGAAUGAUGCUAGUAGGCCAGUACCACUAGACGACGCAGUCCAGUUGCCCAACACUAAUCCAUUUCAAGAACUAAUGUCCAUGUGGAAAGCAGACAAAUAUCAAGCCAAUGAUCCUGCUAAGGCCAUGAUCGUUCGCAUCCCCUCAGCAAACAGUGAAGAGGCUGAAGUGAUAAGCAAGACAGAUUCUGGUUAUAUCAGUAAUGGCUCCGCUGGCUGUGUUACCACAAUACCAUCGAGAUCAAUUUCAUUUGACACAUCACAUGAUACACGCCAGAUAUUCGACAGACUCGCGCUCGCAUCAAAAUCGAACGACAUCCAAACUGUGUGUGAUAUCUAUGUAGAAAUGAGAGAAUCAAACAUAGCUAUCGAUGAUCGAGCCCUGCAUCAGAUCUACGAGGCAAUAGCCAAAAACAAUCCGGUGUGCAGGCUCGAACAACUGUUGAAUUCCGUUAAAGAACAAAUCACGGGAACGCAUCUUGUGUUAGAAGAAGACAACACUGAAACAGAUGGUGCGCCAACUAUAUUUAGAGACGAAGACCAACAGAAUUUAGGCCGUCUUGCUGUGACAUUAUUGUUCGAGUUAAUGGAGAAGGAAAGACCGUCUGAAGCCUUCGAACUGUUAUUUUUACUUCACCAGUCGCAGGUCAAUUAUUUUGUUUUUGGAAAGAGUUUUGAUGAGAACCCGAACAGAACAAAUUGUCAAAUUGUUAUGACUGCUUUGAAAGUAUGCCUAUUGCUGUCCCCACCCCAGGUAGACGAUGCGAUGACCGUGUUCAGGGGCACUGACUAUGGACGGCCUGUCACCACGGUGGAAGAUGAGCAGGAACGGACGUCUGUCUUAUUAAAACUAACAGAGGAUCUACUGUCUGUUGGUAAAUUCGAUGACGCCGACGAAGUUCUAAACGAAUUGGAUAUCGAGCUAGCGAAAUAUUUGAAUAAUCUACUUUUACGUUUAUCAGAGGAGAAUAACGUACAGCGCGCGGCUAAAGUUUAUCAGUUUAUGGAUACUAAAAAGCAUGUUUCUAAAGAACCUAGAAGUUUUCGAGCUUAUCUCAACUGCUUGGCAAGGCGUUCGCAUAUAGCUGAAGCGAAAACGAUUUUUGAAGUAGGUCGCACCCUAGAGAUUUAUCCAUGUCAAGAAAGAACAGAUCCGUACUUUUUCGAGCUUCCUUGUAAUCUUACACCAAUUGAAAUGCUGUUUAUGUUAGAAGAACACUUGAAAAGGAUACAGAAAACCGCAUUGUAUGGGGACGGAAAAAUUAAACCGCUGAUGUCUCAGACCGCCUUUAAGGUUAUAUUUAAGGAUAAUUACGAGUUGUUUGAGACGCCACAUGAACAGAUUGCCAGUGCGAGGGAGAAGAUGGUAAUUGUGUUGAGUGAAAUGAUGAAGCCUCCAUUGAAGAUUGUGGAGACAGAGAAUCCAAACGAGCCUCUUAUUAUUGGUGUCACUUCAAUAGUUGGUUGGUACAGACAAACUGGUCUUGUGGAAAAACAAGCCAAGUCAUUCGAAAUUCUUCCAGAAAUUUCAUUAGCCCCAGUAGAGCGAUCAGUCCAAUUGCAAAAUGAUGGACCGCCUACAGUAACAGUACAACCUCGUAUAGCCAUUGCUGCAACAUCCAGUUUUGAUGGCGUAGACCGCCCUGCAAGCUCAAUUAAAACUGGCAUGAAUUUGGAAGUGAAGAAAGCUAUAACUUGGCUCGUGGCGGAGGCGGUUAAGGAAUACCACAAACAAGGCAGGGUAGAGGAUUUUGAGCAGUGCUGUAAAACCAUAACAAAGACAUUUAUCAAGCAUUUUUCCAACAAUAACGCAGGCCCUCUUGGUGACCCCAAAGAACACGUCACUUUGUUUGUGGACAAAUUUUUCAAGGAUCAUGGUAGCUUUCAUUUAAAGGAAUAAGUCCAGCCCAAUCGUAUCUCUGUCUAUUCUCAAACAAGUUAUCGCUUGUGAAGAAGGAAAUUUUGGUCAUUGCCUAAUAGAGGAAAUUUUUUAUCAUUUCUUAAAAGGCUUUAAGAAGUGUUGCUUGCUUCAAACUACAAAAAAUCAUGUUACCCAAACUUGUAAUUAUACCAUACUAUGUGUAUUUUGAGAGAACUAAACCAGCCAAAGUCUAACGAAGGAAAAACCUCUAGUUUUCUAAGAUAUCAACAACAAACCUUUAAACAAGCAGAUAUCAUUUGAUGGUUUUUCAUGCAUUUAAUCCCGGUUCAGAGUAGUUAGGAAUUUCACCAUGAAAAAUCGUAUUAUAAUUGAAUUAAUUUGACUUUGACAAUAGCUGAUUUGUUGACAUUGUCCACGAUUUAUGCUAAAUUGGAUAAGGCGAAUGGUAAUGGAUAAAGCGUUACGUGAAUCGGGAGGCCUUGCAUAAAAUGGUGCAAUUGCCGCAUUUCCGUUUGAUAAUGCAGGGAAAUGGUACUUGUCCCAAAAGACGCUAGAAAUCAGACAAAAAUUAUGGUGCUUUGUGUUUUGCAUGUUAAUAGCCAGUUUUGUAUGUUAAGCUUAACAUUUAUGUAAUAUAUUGUUAAUAAUAGUUCGUUCUGUUCAGUUUUAUGCCAGUAAAGGGGUUUUAUUUUUAUAGUAGACAUCAGUUUGAAGGAAAUCCUUCAUUAAAAAUGUACUUUUUCGUCAAGUAUGCGUGCCAGACUUUGGAAUCUUCUGACCACAACCAUGAUACAGACGACUGUUCUCAAGUCUGAAAACACUCUCCAAAUUUAAAAGGGUUCCUUUAUGAUUUUAAAGGAAAGGGGAUGCAUCUAUCCUCUUUUGUCCCAGGUUUAAAGUCUCUGGCGUCACAUAAAGUUUCUUUUAGGGUUUUGAUUUUAUGACGAAACCAAAGGCGUGUCGUCUGGUAUAGUAGCUUGGGAGGGGCAUGCAUUUGACCUAACCUCUGAAGUACAAGAUAAUUUUUGUUGCGAAUUUUAUAUUAGAAAAUUAUUGUUUCAAUUCACGUUUUAGUUAAAUCAUCUGUUAAGAACGGUCGUUCUGUUUUUGGAUUAUUUUUUAAUUCAGCCAUAUUUACUCCUUUUUAGAGAAAAGAAUUAUACGUGAACUUCGAUUUAUCUGCCGCUAGUAGAAAGUUGGAUUUUAGGAGAUAUAUUAUUUGUAUUGUUUUGGUUGCGAGCA